AUGCUUUCGCCCUUCUUUGUAUCAGUCUUUAUAGCUGGAACUCUCGCUCAAACCCCCCCUGCAGACUACGACAGAGGGACUUGCGGAGCACAACACGAUGCUGUCGGGGCUCGACUAGGAAAGAUUGAAUCAUUGAUUCAGAAGGCGGACCAUUGUGUCACAAAAAUUGAAGAAACAACAGCGAAAAUAGUUAGCAUGAAGGAAACGAUAGCGAUUGUCCAAGAACAGAUAGAUAGCCAAAAGGAAGCAGCUGACAAAGCACCGGAGAAUUGUGCCACGGUUCCUGGAUAUGAGGAUGAUCCUUUCCCCGACGGACUCCGCGGUUCGUAUUACAAAAACCCAUUUUUCCGCGGAAAUCCAUUAUACCGCAAUGAUGAAAAUAUCGAUUUUCAAUGGACCGGGAAGGAUCCGCUUGAAGGAAUUCCCAAUGAGGGUAGGGAAUUUGCGAUGCAGAAUCCUCGAUCUUUGCCGGUAGGGUUCGCAAUUCGUUGGGAUGGCUACGUCAAAGUUGAGGCCGAUUGCGGUGCCAGAAUAUUCCUUAACGGCCAACCCAUCGUCGCUGACCGAAUGCCCCCACCCUCGUCUAAGGAUGCUACUGGUGAAAAGGAGGUGUUAUUGCUUCCUCCCUCUGAGCACGACGGACCAAAAUCGGUUGAAUCAGCACCAGUUGUCUUGAAUGGCGGCGAAAAAAAUCGCAUUAGAUCUCUGGGUAACGGCAGAUCAAUGGUGAGCAUCUCUACUCUUCAUUAUACCAGACUAGACCCAAAUUACUACGAAAUUUCGUUUCUGUAUGAUGGUGAAUACGCUCAUAAAGAUGAGCUGAGAGAGUUCGUUGCAAUUACUGUUUCUCAGUGGGGCAAAAACUAUUCGAACCCAGCAAAUCCCAACACAGACUCGGCUUCAAUUCGAUGUCAAUAUUCCUGCCAUCCUGUAUCUUGCAGCGCCGAUUGUAAGGUUGCUCACUGCGAGUCGUCUACCGAAUCGUUUUUUUCCAGGGUGUUGCGAACCCUUUCAGUCCAUGCGACGGAGCUUUUAAGGAGACGGGAGACAUCAUUUCAAUCUAUGAAGCUGAAUCAAGAACUGCACGAGCGAAAACUAGCCACGCAUUUGACCAUAUACAAAACUGAAAUAUUGAAGCCGAAGUUAUAUACGGUCAAUUUGCUGAAACCUAAGACGCCAUUUGUUGCAUUCUUAAUGCCACGCAAAGACGCCGAAGGAGCUUGUGGCGGAACCCCUAUUCAUCUAUCAAAACCAAACUCCGUUGCUUAUGAGUCUUGCGAAGCGUCGUCAUUCAAGACGUCGGAAUUUGGAUGCCAAUAUGGGUAA